GCAAUAACCUAUCUGCAGAACCGUGAAACAUCACUGCAAUGUCAUCUACUACCGACAAAGAUGAAUAUCAGCUGCGUGAUAUCCUACAGACCAAAAGAUGGUUUGGAUUCGAUCUAGACGAUACUCUCCAUGAAUUCCGUAAAGCCAGCCGCGCAGCAACCACAAGCGUUCUUACACGCAUCGCCAGCAAAAACCCAUCAACUACGCUCCAAGAUCUCCAAUCCCAAUACGGAAUCAUUCUAAAGCAAGGAACCGCCGAUGCAUUCACCGACGGGAAGACCUCACAUGACUACCGUCGCGCUCGCUUCGCUACCACAUUGAGCCAUUUCGGAUUGAGUCACGAUAGUGUCGAUGAGCUGCCAGAGGACUACGAGCGAGUUCUUGUAGAUAACCUGACACUCAAACCAGCAGCCAUUUCUCUUCUUGAAGCAAUCAAGGCGUCUGGAAGAAAGAUCGCAGUGAUUACAGAAGGACCGCAGGACGCACAGCAGCGAGCAGUGAGAGACCUGGGCAUCGACAAGUACAUCGACUUUCUCGCGACCACAAACUUCUUCGGUGUGGCCAAGAUCGACGGACUCUUCGGUAAGGUACUCGAUCAUCUAAAAGUCACACCGCAAGAUAUCGUGUACAUCGGCGACUCGCAGGAGCGCGAUAUCGAGCCCGCUACCAAAGAGGGGAUCCUCGCCAUUCACUUACACGAAGCUCAAACAGCGCCACUUGUGCUCCUACCUCCCAGCAUCAACUCGCUCGGGGUGCUAGCCAAGCUCAUCUAAUCUCUACCGCACACAUGUCUGAGACGAGACAUGCUUGUGCCCGUCGACAAAAAACACAGCGUUGCAAGGCUGAGAAGGAAUCUACCCGCAUACAUACAUAUGUAGCUCAGUCGAUACACCCGUCAAACGUGUCCGUCUCUCACAGGAUAGUUCCCGACUUUCUCACUUACAACAAAAUGCUGCGUCUAGCAAACAAAUCAGACAGGUGCAACGUUUUGUGCAACGUGAAGCAAUUUUCAGCCGAUGUCGUACAUGAAUCAUCCCACGGCACUGGGCCGAGACAUACAAGUGUCAUAGAGUUCUACAACAGGGUAUAUCUUGCUGUUUGAGAUGUUGAACCUAGCAUUCUAUAAUUAAGUAUUUACUGCAC